CCCUAGUUCGCAUGACCUUUCCCCACCUUGAGCGGCCCCUCAUUACCCUACUACGACACCACCAAUAUGUUUAUAUUCAUGUAUCACGCUGGAUCUCUAUUGUGCCUUAACUUUCCAUUCUGCACAAGACAGGUUUCCGCUUUCAACACCGCAACCCUCUCGUUCUGUCCCGAUCCAUACGCCCUAGGCAAAGAAUUGAGCGCCGCAAUAUAAUAUCCAGCUCUUGCCGCCACCAUCUUACAGCAACCGUCAUGGACCCUCCACCGUAUGCCCCUUUCGAGCCUCUAUCGUAUACGGAUUUUGAAACGGCCUCCAUCCGCUCUGCGGCUCCCUCCUACACCAGCGAAGCACCACCCUACGUCUCUGCAAACUCCACCUCCCCAAAUAAUGGACUGAACUCACCAUACAUAUACUCGUCUUCUGCCACCUCCCAAUACCAUCGCGCAAACAUCACUCCUUCACUUGCUGCUUUCCGCAUGCCAACAUGGUCACACACUCAAAUCUCUAAUCCUACCGCUAGACACUAUCAUUCUGUUGCGCAACGAAGAGCGACAGCGCGUAUUGUGCGGGAACAAGCCACGCUACUAGCAGCGGCUGUGAAUGGAAAAGAGAGGGUUGCUCUAAUGAAGAGGAAGAUGGAACUAGAGAGGAAGACGAGAAUGCUGGAGGACCCGGACUUGGUCGGAGAACAGGCAGCUGAGGAGAACAAGCAGCAGAGAUUAAGGCGUUUCUCACAGUGA